UAGAAUUUCAAAAUAAUGAUUUGUCAGUUUGGCAUGAUGUAAUUUAUGGACUUGAUGAAAAUUUAGAAGCAUGCAUUCAAUUAAAAGUGAAACAUUCAGCAUUUGAUUUGAUGAUGAGACAAACAAUUAUAAAGAAAUUACCACAACCUAAAAUCAUAAAGUUUCAUACUGAUCUACUUUUUAAUGAUCUUUUGAAGAUUCUCAGAGAAAAAGAGCUAGGCUGGUUAAACAACAAUCAUUUGACAAUUGGCAAUAGCUUCAUUAACAAAAUCACAAAUUUGGUAUGGUAUUUGGAUCCUCAUCAUCACAAACUAGAAAAAAGAGAUGCACUAAUCCAAUCUUUAAAUAUAUCUCUUCAACAACCAUGGACAAGUUUUUCUUAUUGGCAAGAGAUUAUACAAGAGAUUCAUCAUCUAGUACAAAUUACUCAAGAUUAUUCUAUUUAUCUUAAAGGAAUCAAUGAUAGGAUGAAAUCUAUUCAUACUAGUCUGGUUCCUGCCAGAAAUGCAAGAGAUGAUAUUUUUGUAAAAGAUUAUGAAGCACAUGAUGUGUAUCCACCUCAAUAUAAACCUUUGGUGACUCUUCUAAAAGAAUCUAAUUAUUAUGAGAUUUUAAAUAUUGAUGAUUUGCUCACAUCAAAACCACAAGAAAAUUACCUCUAUUUUCAAAAUAUAUGUACUGAUACAUCUUUCACUUUGUAUAGAUAUUAUCAUGGUAAUUAUCUAGGUACAUUAAACUUUGUUUGGAAAAUUCCCCAAAUUAAUGAACGUGAUAAAAAUAAAGAAGCAAGGAAUAUUUCAAAAAUAUAUGAAGAAAUACCUAUCUAUUCUACUAGACAAAUGAAAAAGAGUGUAAUCAAUAAGUAUUCUUUGUUAAUUAAAGCAUCAUCUUCUGUAAUGAAA